UACCAAUACCUCGCCCCUCCAAAACUGGACGCCCAUCUUCCUGGUCAGAAGAUCCGGCUCAGAAAAAUAUAGAUCUCCACCAUGACCACCUCUCUCGCACAACAACUCCGAGGGAUUGCCUCCCUAGAUGCUGACCGGAUCACCUCGAACCAUGGAGCACCCAGCGGCAAAUCAUACCUCUUCCCUCCCGCUCAGGCGGCCUCUAUGGACUUGGACGCCAUCUAUAAUGUAGCAGUAUCCGGGUUUGAAGAGUUGUUGGAGAUAGAUCCUGGAAUGGAGCGGUUCGAAGAUGAUUUCUUCUCCGAGACGAGCAAAGCCACGGAUAGGAUGAUGUUGCCGAAAGAGACGAACCGGGAAUUGGAUGGGAAACUGGAAGUCUGUCUGAGAAGGUUGUCACAGUGGUUGGCUCUGAAAUCGGGGGCCAAGUGCUUCGAAUGGCUGGUACGGCGGUUCAGGGUACAUGAACUCAAUGUCGACGCCGUCAUCGAAGCUUUCCUCCCUUACCACGAUUCUACCCAAUUCCCCCGUAUGCUCGCGAUCAUCCGCCUCGAGAGCACGAACAAAUCCCCCUACUUCAGCCUACUUCAUCCUCUUCAAAAGUCCCCUCAGACCCUUGAUCGAUCACUCUUGAUCCGGUACAUGGCACCGGCCAAAGACAAGUCGCUUUUUAUCCUCCAGAGGGUACUGGCCUUGCUUCCGAAAGCUGCGGAAGAGGGAGUCACACAUAGGACGCUGUUGAACUUUUGGGGAGCUAUCUUGGUGGAGUUCCUAGAGAAGAUUAGGGGAGAAGGUGGGGUUCCGGAGAAUGUCGUCAAGGCGCUAGUACAAGGAUUUGUCAGGGCGGUGACCGUAGAGCGGGGCGGACCUGAUUUCGCUCCUGCGGUCUACGCACCUAUGCUGUUAUUCGUCCGAUCCAUCCCUCUUGCAUCGGCUCCCUACGGUGCCAUCAUCUCCAGCUUAGCCUCGAAUAAGGACGUCGACAUGGUCCACCGUAUCUUGACCCUGAUGAUCUGCUUAGAACACGCUCCUGAAGCAUGGAUGCUCGACCUCGGAUCCGACUGGGAGAGAAUCUUUGGCACGCACAAGCAUCAAGAACGGAUUUCUCAGGCGGUUAUUGCCAGCGCCAAACAGUUCAAGCUGGAGAGGAGCUUGAAGAUGUUGACGAGUUGGACAUUGAGACGACCCGCUGCUGGAUCGUCAAUAGUCAGGAACAUCAUCAACGAGACCGACGUCCCGAUUAUCGUGAAAAAGACGAUCGCCAAACACUGUAGUAGCGUUCGUGAAGGAGAGACGAGCGAGGACUCUACGGCGAGACAGUACUUGAACAGUCUGCUGGAUCAGAGAUAUCCGGACAUCGUGGCCUCGGCUAUCAAGGCUGCUGGGAACCAUGCCCUGCUGCCCAAGGGUCAAUCGGGCAAGUCGCGAAGAACGGACGAGAUGGAGGUGGAUAUCGGCGAGGCGAUCGACGUUGAUGGGCAGGAUGCUGCGAUGGAUAUCAGCAUGGACGAGGACGAUAUCUCGCCCUUUAUCCAGGCGGUAUCUGCUGACUUGCCCAGCCGGAUCCAGGGGAUCGAUCAGCUGCUUGGUGCUAUCGAUUCGUUUACGCCGGAAGAGCGACAAUCGAUCCGGAUGAUCUUGAAGGGUCUCUUGACGGAAAACGAGGGAGAGCUUAUCGAGACCAUCUAUAAGCACGGCGAGGCCGUCAUGUCUUUACUAGAGCCGACCGAGAUCGUCGAUGCUCUGUCUGUGCCCAUGUACAAGGGGGAAACCAAGCGGGAUGUCGUCGUCAGGCACGUGACAUUCGCCAGCGCUCUCCCGGCGAGGUUCCCCGAUGAGAAGCAUCUUCAAAGCAAGAUCUUCCGUCAGAUAAUCUUCCCCGUCGUGAUCUUUACGAAGUCGCGCAAGGUCACUAUCACUGCCGCUUGGAAAGCUUUGUUGGCGCUUCCCGCUGGCUCGGUGCCUCCAAUCGAGGGCAUCGAGGCGGUCUUUGCGGAGAGCGAAGGCAAAGACAAUGAUGAAAACACCAACAAGGAAAAGAUUGACAAGAUUUCAACUAUCCUGGCGCGAAAUUUGGCUCGUGAAUCGUUAGCGACCGGAAACGCAAAGUUCCUCUUGGAUCAGACCGCCUCGCAAAACGACAUGGUCCGAGCUCAUGCGCUCUUUGUUGUUUCCAAAUUCCUGGCCGAGAUCGGACCUGCCGUCCAGCCUUUCGUCCUGUCGGAGCUCAACAAGGUCAUCCCUCGAUGGCCCGUCUAUGACGACGUGGAGGCGGCUCUGAAACCGGCCGAAGUGGCGGACAGAAUGUACUCGAAGCCCACUCAAGCCAAAACCUUGGCCGCUUUGCAAGAACAUUGUCUCGUUGGCAUUCGACACAUGAAGCUGGCACCUGCGAUUCGCCAUUGGGUCAUGCCUUCUGAUGUAAACGAGCUCGAGUCGGUCAGGACCGCUUUGAAGGGCAUCUACAGCUUGGUCAAUUCCAGCACCCUGUCGUCGGCGACAGCCAGAUCGAUACUACAUUCCGUCUUUGGGAAGCUACGGGAGCGAUCGCUCGUCUUCUUGGCCGACACCUGGACCGACGAGAGGCAGCCUGUCGACAUCCGCUUUUGUGCCGCAAGCCACGGACAUGCCUACCUCGCUGCAUGCGGGGACUCUGAUGGUAAAUCUCGUACCGAUUUCCAGUGCCUGAUUCCAUCCGUCUUGAUGCUCUUGAUGGACGAGGCAAAAUCGCUUCGAGAGGCCGGUGUCGCCCUCCUGAAUCAGAUCCAUGCCAGUAUGGGUAAUGCGAUCGACGACAUCUAUGCGGUCGACGACCUGUACGGUCCUGAAACCUCGAAGGUCAAGCUUCUUCAGGCCAAAGAAUCGAGGUUCUACCUCGAAGCCCUGUUGCGAGAGGCAGCCGGAUUGAUCACGGACAAGGACUACCUGACUAUCAUCCAUGGACGCCUGAUUCACCCCGCUACCGCGGAAAAUAAGAAGGCUGCCAACAUCUGCCGCGCAAUCAUCGCGUCACUGACCUCACACGUCGUAGGCUGGAAGCUGAAUGGACCUCGAGUCAAGUUGUUGCGUAGUCUGGGCCAAAUUAGCGAAGUCACCAAACUCGACGGUCUUGCCAGCAUAUUCGAGGAUCUGGACAAGCCCCAGAGCAAGGAGAUUGCUUGUCUGAAGCGACUUUCGGUCGCUAAAUCUAACGCUUUCCUCACGGCGCUCUUUGACGUGCUUGACCUAUCUACUGCCAAGCAAUUCGCCAAGGGCAACCAUGAAGGAUUCUUCAAGGUUGUCCUCUCUCUCGUCUACCGCAAUGUACCGGAACGAGCGGGUCAGGUUUCGGACACGAUUCGGGAAUUGAUCCUGACCAGGUUGAACAAGGACGUCUUCGCGCAGCUCGGCCUCGUGCAGCAGGAACAGCUGGUAUUGGCGGUCAUCGAAGGCUUGCCGUCUUUUAGCGACGGGUCUCGCAGAACAUGCAAGGCUUUGCUUCGCGACAUGCCUCUGGGUGGAGAUGGAUUGGUUGACAUCUUGCGCAAACUUACCGAGGUCAGCGAACCAGAGGAUACUUCUCGUAGCAAGCGAACCAGGACGGAAGACGUUUCCGAACCGACCUUCUCGAUUGCUCCUCUCAUGGGCUUCCUGGAGUCGAGGAACGCUUCCGACAUCCCUGUCGAUCCUAGAUUGGUGACCCUUGGUCUUGAUACCCUCGCCGUUAUCCUAGACCACAGGAAGAACAUCGACAGUGGUUCGGCCGACUUUGUUGAACAGUCCUUGUUGACGCUGAUGAUCAACAUCCUGGAUCAGAUCCGAGACAAGCGACAGCUCCAGGGCGAGUCGUUCGGUGUCGAGGUUCUGGUCAAGCUCAUCCGAAGUUCCAGCAACCCACGCACAUCGCAGAUGGCAUUGCUCUUCAUCGGCAGUCUCGCUCGCCUGGUCCCCGACGCCGUUCUACACAACGUCAUGCCCAUCUUCACCUACGUGGGGUCUAGCGAUUUCCAGAGGGAUGAUGCAUACAGCUUCUCCGUGGUAGAGAAGACUGUCGAGAGUACUGUUCCCGUCAUCGUACAAUCUAUGCGCGACAAGACCAAUAGCGAACUCAGCCUCUUCAUCGAAGCUAGGCCUUUGUUGAGAAUCUUCGCGGACAUGGCUCAAAGGCUUCCCAAACACAGGACUCUGCCCUUCUACGUCCACCUCGUCACGUGUAUGGGUGUUUCGGAUUUCCUCGCACCGAUCAUCAUGUUGUUGGCGACCAGUGGAAAGAGGCUCAAGGCUGACAGCGAUUCGUCGCGCCUCGCAAAGUCCCUUAUCGCGCGAUUCGAGCCUUCCAUCCGAUUGCAAGCCGUCUCAAACAUCUUGAGCGAGAUAUCGAGGUUGUCGUCAACCAUUACUGAGGAAAACGAAGGAGCCUUCCUGUUCUUUGGAGACAAUGCCGAAGCCAUUCUCGGACCGAGAGCUUCGGUAAUGACUGAUAUCGUGCGGGACGUUGUGCAAGGGCUUUCGGCAUCUCAGCAGGAUCAGGCGGCGAUCCGAAACAUCAUUGGGCAGCUCAUUGCUUUAUCUGCGAAGCCACGUUCCGAAUUCUCCGCGUCAUUCGACACCAAGGCGUUUCAGAUUGAGCUUGCCGUCACUCUCGACGCCGCUUUGCAGAAGAUUACCGUGGACAGCUUCAUCAGUGUCACUCAGGAUUUGCUAUCGAGGGACCAAGCGUCUCUUGUCGCGCGAGCUCUUGAUCUCGUGGUCGAGCGGGUCCCGUUGAUCAGGAGCGAUCUUCGAAUCAGCUUGAGCGACGUCAUGACAGAGAUCUUGCGAGCUGCUUAUGCGAUCCUCGAUCGGACUGAAGCAUCGCUACAGGUUCUGGCCAUUCGAGCUAUCAGUGCUGUCACCAGGAUUGUCGUAGACACAGAAGACGUCGUUGUUGCACAGGCAGUCGCGCCUCUUGCCAAGAUCGCUCAGCUGGAUACCAACGGUCCCGAAGUUUUGGCUGCUAUGGAUCUAUUGGUGGACUUGACCAAACGCUUGGAAAGUAGGAUGAUCCCACACAUUGCGCCGCUCUUCAAGUUGAGCCGCGACAAGCUAUCCUCCGAAACCGACGAGACGAGAGUCGUCAACUCGGCCAUCGAUCUCAUCGGAGCUGUCGUCAUGGCCGUGCCCACCUUCAUGGCUCCAGCACAGCUGGGCGACUCGCUGCUUGCUGCUAUCCAGGUGGAUGUCAGCGGGUCGGGCAAGCAUUUCGAUGCACUGAUCGCCAGCGUAGCCAAACGGGUACCCACGCCCAACUUGUUACCAGUCGUUGUCGCUCUUUGGUCGCGGCUGCUGAGUGGAUCCGAUAACGCGUUGCAAAAAUAUUUCCGGCUCGUCCAAAGGACAAUCCGACAUGCGAGCAGGGCUUCGUUGCCUGCGCUUGUCAAGGCUGUCUUUGCCUUGUUCCUGGACGCUUUCGAUCUAUGCAACGACCCGGUGCAUCCCAACAUCACAGAGAGUCUCAUUCUGCCUGCGUUCUUGGACAUGGUUGAGAAGUUGAACGAAGCAACCUUCAAGCCACUCUUCGGCAGGAUGUACGAUUGGGCUGCUAUCAGGUCGGAUACCGACCCACAAGACGAUGACGUGCUCUAUCGACGCAAGAUCUCGCUUUAUCGGAUUACUCGCGGCCUGUUUAGCAAGUUUAGGUCUAUCAUGACCCCGUACUUGAACACUUUGUCUCCCUUGACGACCGAGAUUCUGAGCGCCGCAGCGAUCAAGCCCUCCAAAGACACUGAGCUGUGGCGAUCCGUAAUCGCGACCUUGACGACGUCAUUCCAGGUCGACGAUGCAGUCUACUGGACUGAGCAACGAUACCAGGCGAUGGUUCCCGUAUUGGUAUCGCAAAUUGGGGGACUCUCCAGGCUCAAAUCGGACAAUGUCAAAGAAGCACAACAUUUGGCCGAGUGUUUCGGAGCGUUCGCCGGAUCGACAACGUCAGAGAGCGUUCUCAAGUCCUUCAAUAUGGCCAUUCUCAUGACGACCCGGUCGGACAAUGCGAACGAGAGGCUGAUCGCAUUGAUCGUGCUGGAAAAGGCGUGGCAGAACCAGGAAGAGCUCGUUCAAUUCGCACCAGAGACGGUCGCAGAAUUCUUGAGCGAGUGCCUGCAGGACGAGAACGGUGCCGUGGAAGGCGCGGCCCGCAAGGUCUUGAAGCGAAUUGAAGGCUUGGUAGGCGACUUGUCGGCCUAUCUCGAAUAGACCUGGUACAUAAUAAUGGCAUAGUCUACAUGUGUAGUGUAUUAUAAUCUUGCAUGCGCCUGUCAUAUUAUGCAUCAUCAUCAUCAUCGGCGAGUCUGUUGCAGGAAAGCGCGGA